GCUGCCACCCCCGCAGUUAGCGCCAUUAGCAGCUACAAACCGGACCGAACGGGACCGAGCAGCGAGCAGGCUGGGACCGAGCAUCUGUACCGGAGCUCCGUGAGCGGAGGGUUCCGUCUCUCCUUUCCCGGACACAGACGGAUAAAGACGCUGCUGCUGUCACAGAGCUCACAGACGGAGCAGAGCCGACAUUUUGUGUUAGUUUCGUUUUUGGCUCCAACAAACAACAGGCCGCGGAGCAGAGCAGGCCUCGGGGGUGAAAGGAUCUGAAUCACCUGUAUAACUGAACAAAAAAGAAAGGAAACCCCUCAGAAUCCAGCUUCGAUGUUGUCCAGCUGUUCUUCAUGUUAAAACCUCCAUCCUCCCAAAUCUCAGUGAUAUGGUUUCUUAGGACCGAGGAACCUUUGAGCCUGGAGGAUCAAAUGACUUUAAAAAGGAACCCUCUGAGCUCUGCAGCAUUCCUGAUCAUCCUGAUCAAAGUCCACAGCACUCUCAGCCUCACAUGUCAUCCAGCAGAGUAUCUGAUAGGCAGUGAGUGCUGUCCCAGGUGUUCUGCAGGGAGUCGAGUUAAAACUCACUGUAAUGAGUACAGAAGCACUUCCUGUCUGCCCUGUGUGGAUGGAACCUUCACUGAUAAACCCAACGGACUAGAACAGUGCACUCCCUGUACAAACUGUGCAGCAGGUUCUGGUCUGAAGGUAAAGAGGUCAUGUACAGGAACAUCAGACACAGUCUGUGAACCCCUGCAGGGAUUCUACUGUAUCUACUCUGUAGGAGACGGCUGUGAGACAGCACAGAGACACAGCAGCUGUGGACUAGGACAGUACAUCAGCAAACAUGGAACAGCCUCCACAGACACCGAGUGCUCCGACUGCAGCGCUGGAACCUUUUCAGAUGGAACAUCUGCAUCCUGUCAGCCACACACACAAUGUGAAGAUCUAAACCUUCAGGAGAUAACAGCAGGAACAUCUGCAGCUGAUGCUCAGUGUGGAGAACGUGGAGUUGAUGUGGGAGCAGCUGUUGGUGUCUCUGUGGGUGUGGUUUUAAUUAUUGUUGCUGUAAUAGUAUUAUUAUGGUACCUCAGAAAGAAGAGGAAGUCUUUAUCCAGUUCACCAAAAACAAACAAAGAAGAAGAAGGAGAUUUACCAUUUGAUGAGCACAGAGGAUCAUCAAAAACAGAUGAAGAACGAGGUGAUGACAACAGAAGUGUGAAGGAACAUCAUGAAGGUGUCCAUAACGGUCUGCUGCCUUCAUCAGACGUCUCCUAGACUCCAGGAUUGUGGCUCAUUGUGUGACGUGUUCUUCGACAGUCUGGUUCAGAUUUUUACAUCAAAAGUUUUUCCCCUGUUUUUCUAAGUCAGUUUUAGUGAUACUUUACAAAUAACUCCUCCCUCCUCCUCAUAAGUUCAAGGAAAGUUGAAUCCAGCUUCUUGGUGGCUGUAAACUAGCCCACCACUCACUGGGUUUAGAUGUUGUAGCCUUCACAGCAGCUCUCUGCAGAGACCUGCUGUGCUCUCCUUUUAGUGUCAGUGGUCCUCACUCAGCCUUUUAGCUGAGAGGCCAUUAGUAAAUCAUUCACUGGAGGAGGGGGGCAGCAGAUGUGUGUAGACUAUGACAGACAGACCUGGGGGGUGGCUGAGAGUCCCAAGCCUCUAAAAAUAGUGAGGGCAGCCUUCCAUGUUUUGCUGUAUUCAUGCAGAGAGGCUGGUGCUGAGGGGGAGCUCAGACUGUCCUCAGUGGGAGCACUGACUCGCUUUUUGAAACGUAGCUGUCGGAAAGUGGAGCGUCUAUGGAAAUCAACAAAGCUCCAAGUCCACCUAAUUCACUUAAAGGAACUUAUAUUUUCUUUUAAUAACAUGGUGAAGGAUGCAAGAGCUGCUUAUUUCUCUCGGCUGAUUUCUAACAGUAGACGAAAUCCAAAAAUGCUAUUUGACACAAUCAAACAGAUUGUUACACCUGCUUCUCCUACUUCACCCAUUCAGUCUAAUGAAGACUGUGAAAACUUUUUAUCCUUUUUUAUUGGUAAAGUUAACAAUAUUAGAGCAAACAUAAAUCCCUCUGUAUCUUCUUCUGCCUUACUUCCCACUCGGCCUUCAAUCCUGGAGAACUUUUCACCAAUAUCAUUAAAAGAUCCCCUAAGUGUGGUUGAUAGCAUGAAACCCUCCUCUAGCUCCAUUGAUGUUUUACCGACAUUUUUAUUUAAGAAAAUUUUUUGCACCAUUGGGCCAUGUGUGUUAACAAUAAUUAACAGGUCACUGGUUACUGGCUCUGUCCCCGAUAUUUUAAACAAGCUGUUAUUCAUCCCCUAUUGAAAAAACCUGAUGCUGAUCCUUCACUUCCUCAAAGUUUUAGACCAAUUUCAAAGCUUUCUUUUGUAUCAAAAGUCUUAGAAAAAGUUGUGUUCAAACAGCUAAAUGUUAUGUUAGCUAAAUAUAACAUACUCGAUAAGUUUCAGUCUGGAUUUCGUAACCUGCACUCCACUGAAACUGCUCUCCUAAGAGUCUCUAACGAUAUUCUAAUCAGAAUCAGAAUCAGAAUCAGAAGGUUUUUAUUGCCAUAUGGGUGAACAGGUUCACAGCAUUAGGAAAUUGCUGCGGUACUUCGUGCUUACAAAAAAAAAAAAACAAAUAAGUAUAAAAACU